CUCAAACGUUGAUCGAAGUUUAUUGCUAUAUAGUCAAUUCCCGACGCCGAUUGCAUGAUGAACAUUUAAUGAGCCAUUAACUUCGGUCUGCAUCGCACUGUAUAUUCUUUCUGUUUGAGAAUUUAGGAAGGUUAAGGUCACAGCUUAGGAAACCUUUAAGAGGGGGGAGAGGAAAAAGACACUCAUUACAACGUGUGAGCGUCUGGUGAAUUGGAUAAAGCGCAAAUUGCGCUACGACAUACUCAUUACGCUCUUAUUCGUUCGUCUAGAAAUCUUGUUUUUUGUUUGAUUAUUAACAACUCAGUCUGAACGUGAACGAUAUAAUAAACUAUCAGCACGUUCGUCAUUUAGGCCUAGUGUCAGACGAAAGGAGAGGGCAGAGACAGCCACAUUUAGAAGGCGGCGUUGGCGUCGAAUAGAUAAAAACCGAGAGGACGAGAAUGAUUGCCGGUAGCUGGUAGACUGUGGACGGCAAUAGAAGAUUGUCUUUUGUUUUUCUCGCUAAUGACUCGACUCAUCUUAAACUUAAGGAGUAGAUGGUGUCUACCCGAUCUUUUUUAUGCCUGUUGUUUCGUUUAUUUUACGAUAAUAAGAGGAUUGUUGGCUUUUGCAUUCAAAUGACAAUGAUACUCUUCUUUACAUUUAUUGGAGUUGUAUCUGCAAACAAAGAAUGUAUUACCGUUGAAGAGUGGUCAGAUAUAAAAGUCAGCUGCCAAACUUCAAAUUUGUACAAGAUCUUCCCCAUUUUACCGAAGAACGUGACUACUCUCGACUUAUCGUUUAGUGAUAUACCUGUGCUGGGAAGACUACCAAAACUACCUCAUUUAAGAACUUUUGAGGCAAGACGUUGUGGAAUUAAGAAAAUAAGAAAAGACGCUUUUCAAGAUACACCUGCCAUAGAAACGAUUGAGCUGGAUCGUAAUCAAAUCAAAAAGAUUCCAGAUUUUCUUCCGGCAACUCUCUCUCGCCUUCGAAAGUUGUCGUUGUCUUACAACCGAAUUAGACGUUUGGAUAAUUCGUUGUCUAUGUUAGAGAAUUUAGAGAUUCUAGAUUUGCAAGGUAACAAAGAAUUGAAGAGGACUGAUGAGAACGUGUUCGCAAAAUUGAAACUGAAAAUACUUGCCAUCGACGCAACUGGCUUAUCAACUCUAAAGGGAAUAGAGCCUUUAAGGGAUCAUCUAGAUGUUUUGUCCGCCUCGAACAUUCAUCCAUUUUUUUCGAUUAGUCAAAGUUUUCUCGAAGGAUUUUAUUUGAACGAUUUAACGUUGGAUAACGACAGUAUUAACGACCUGCGGUUUUUACGCCGCGUCAAAUCGGCCUACAUCUAUUUGAAUCAUAAUCCUAUCGGUUCCCUACGCAUCAUUUCGAAUUUUUCCAGUCUAUCUGUUACGCGUGGCUUUUUCUUGAAAAACUGUAGUUUGCGUUCCGUUAAUAACGAGGAUCUAAGUCGGCUAACUUCCGUGCAGGAAUUAAAUCUUUCCGAAAAUCUUAUCGAAUACGUGCAGCUAGAGGCUUUCGUUAAUUUAAAAAAUUUAAGGACGCUGGAUCUCUCCGGAAAUUUGUUGACGAACGUUCCAGUAGCUGUGAAACUAUUACUACCGACGGCGAGUAUUCUAAUAAGUAAUAACCCGUUACUGUGUGACUGUCAGAGUAAUUGGUUGAUGGAGACGAAUUUAAGGAAUAAACUCAAGGCUCAAUUGGAUUGUGCCGCCGUGAAUGGAACGAGAAAUGAACUAUUAUAUAAUUCCUUCCAAUGUUCGCAACCUUCAUUUGCUGUUCCUGCCUUUUAUAACUCGUCUGAUAGUUGUGCAACUUGUAUCGUUGCAGCAGCACCCAGAGCAGCCAUUUACUUUUUGUGCGACGGUAUCGUUUACGGUUCAACGUCCAAGUCUAUAGAACGUCGUCAACCGUACCUGACCCAAGCAUCAUUUUGCGGAAAUUGUUUUGAAAUCGAAUGCGUAGCGUCAAACUUUCAGGGAACAAUUCGGCAGAAACUCUCAACUAAUUUAGAGAGUCAUAAAAGUCAUAUGAGUGAUUUUAAGCUUACAAUAGUAAUUAUCGUUUCGUUUAUUAUGCUUCUACUGAUUAUUUCAAUUGUAACUUAUUCUUACCUGAAAAGAAAGUAUACAGUUAAUAAGGGAGUUCUUUGGCUGCGAGUGAAAACUUGGAAUGUAAAUACCAACGAACCCUUAAUCGAUAACGAUGACGAAUACGUAUAGACAAUAGAAAUUUCGGACACUUUUAUCACAGAGAUUUUCUUGUCUGUGUAAUAAAGUUUGUAAGAAAGGAAAACACAAGGUGUCGCCUCUAUAUAAAGAUAUAUAUAUAAAGUAUACAUAUCAUAUAGAUGACAGCACAGUCGUCACUUCUUAAUAAAAUACGAUAUAAUAGACUUAAAGAUAAAUUUGGUUCUUUUAUGAUUAUUUGUUUUUAAAAGAUGAGAUGUGGUCUUAUUGGGAAUUUUAUUAAGUAUUCAAUAAGAGAGCAAAAAGAUACAUUCAUAGAUUUAAUAUAUAUGUUUGUACGAGUGACAACUAACUUACUAAAAAGGAAGAUAUCGGGGGGAAAAAAGACAGGAAAUAAUAUUCAUUUAUAAAAUAUUAGUCUCUAUUAAUUAUUAAUCUUUUAAGUUAAACGUAGACGAGGCAAAUGAAGGUUCUUUAACUACUAGGAGCAUCUAAGCUUUUAAGAAAAUGGUAUCGAAAAUUACAGUGUGAGAAAUUAUGAAUUAUCACGAAAUUGUCACCUUAUUUAAGGAUAUUGCAGAUUUAAAAAUAAAAAAAAGACCUUCUUAUGAGAAAAAAACUUUUAUACGUUGUUUUAUAUAGCCUUCCUACUCAAACAUCAAGUUAGUUUAAGAAGAUGCUUCUAUAUUUAGUGGCGUUGGAAAAUUUAAAAGCUUUAUAGUAUUAAGCUUAGUAACAAACCUUAAGAUGGAUAUAUAAGGGAACGAAGAACCAAUAAAUGACGAUUGUUUACCUCAUUGUACUAAUGUGUACGGAGUAAGCUAAGAAGAAGUCAAUAUUCAAGCGUCUAACUAUAAUUCUAUAAAGCUGUUCGAAUUCCUACGUGAACUAACAUAUUUUUUUACCUGCUACUUUAUUGUCUUUAUUUUAUCGUUAAAUUACCUUAUUUUUAUUUCAACUAGAUGAUUGAUUGUAUUGUAUAACUUUAGAACAACAGC